AUGGGGUGUUCGCCGACCACUCUGCACCCCUGGUACUUCGAACACCAAUACUCGAUCGUCGUCUCACAAUGGCGGGCAAUAAGGCGCGCUUUCGACGGGAAGCGUCGCCGUGCCGUUUGUACACGCGGCGAUUACGCUGUUAAAGCCAGAAUUGAGGUCAUCAUUCGCGGAAUAGCUCCGUCAGCUAAAUCACUGAGUGAGGUAUACGUCGCGAAGUCGUCGAAUGCUUACGCUCCGCUGAGCACG